AUGGGGAAUGGUCGGUUGGCGGUGGGACCCAGGAUCUUUCUCCUGCUUUUGUUCCUGCUCCCCGGGGAGGCCUCAACACCGACUGCAGAACCACAAUACUUGGUGAUGGUGCCAUUUCUGAUCCAAACUGGGACCUCUGAGAAGAUCUGCAUCCAUCUGAGCCACCUGAAUGAGACGGUGACUCUGAGCGCCAAUUUGGAGUACGGAGCAGAGAACAGGAGCCUGAUCGAUAACGUGGUGUCAGACAAGGACUUCUUCGGGUGUAUCCCGUUCACGGUUCCCAAAUGGGACGGUUCAUCAGAAGUGCUCCUCAGGGUGUUAGUGAAAGGACCCACACACCAGUUCAGAAGCCAAAAAAUGGUGUUGGUCAAGAACUUGGAGAGCUUGACCUUUGUCCAAACAGACAAGCCUAUCUACAAGCCAGGGCAAAAAGUUAUGUUUCGAAUCAUCUCUCUGAAUCAAGAUUUCCUUCCUGUGAAUGAGAAGUUUCCAUUGGUUUACAUCCAGGAUCCCAAAAGGAAUCGCUUGAUCCAGUGGCACGAUGUGCAGCUUGAGCACGGCCUCACCCGGCUCUCCUUUCCUCUCACUUCUGAACCUGCCACAGGCGUCUACAAGGUGGUGGUGCAGAAAGCUUCUGGGAACAACGUGGAACGCACAUUCAAUGUAGACGAAUACGUGCUGCCCAAAUUUGAGGUCUCGGUGAAGGUACCCAAGAUCAUAACAGUGGAGAAUGAAGAAUUCAAAGUGACUGCCUGUGGAAGGUACACCUAUGGGAAGCCAGUCCCUGGCCUGGUGAAGAUUCAGGUCUGCCGGAAUUACGAAGAGGGCAGAUCCUACUGUAGUAUGAGGGGAAGGACAGAGGGUGUGUGUGAAGAAUUCAGUGCUGAGGCAGAUGCACAUGGAUGCCUCUCUCGGGUUGUGAAAACAACUAUAUUUCAGUUUUUGAGGGCAGAAUAUGAAAUGAACAUCAAGGUGACAGCCAAGAUCACAGAAGAAGGCACAGGAGUGGAAUUGAUGGGCAUAGGUACCACUGAGAUCACCACCACUCUCAGCAAACUUACCUUUCAUCACCUGGACACUUAUUACAAGCCCGGCAUCCCAUUUUGGGUGCAGGUGAAGCUAGUGGAUGGCACCAAUAUGCCAAUCGCCAACGAAACGAUCCAGAUCCAGAUUGGUGAGCUUGCCUACAGUACUAACUACACAACUGACAACCAAGGGAUAGCCCAGUUUUCCAUCAGCACUGACAACUUCACCGUUAGUAGUUUUAAUAUACAGGCGCUGUAUAAAUCGCAAGAAUACUGUUAUGCCAGGAACUGGGUCUCCACCUCUCAUCAAAGCGCCUUUCACAGAGCAUCUCUCCUGUACUCACCCAGUGGAAGCUACCUCCAUAUCGAGUCUGUUGACGGGACCUUAAGCUGCGAGCACACUCAGCCGCUCAAAAUACAUUACAUCUUGAAGCUGGACAAUGUACCAGAGAAGAUUGACUUUUAUUAUUUGGUGAUGGCUAAGGGGGGCAUUGUGCAAUCUGGGAUUCAUGUGGAGCCCAUGGAUCACGGACAAGCCAAAGGGGUGGCUCUUCUGGAUCUCUCUGUGGACGCCCACGCUGCUCCCUUGGCACGCUUCUUUGUAUACAUCAUUCUGCCCAGCGGAGAUGUUGUUGCUGACUCAUUCGAAUUCCCUGUGGAAAACUGCUUUUCAAAUAAGGUGAAAUUGGCCUUUUCGGCCGCUGAAGGGCUCCCAGGGGGCAACACGCACCUCCAUGUCACAGCCGCCAGAGACUCCCUUUGCGCCAUCCGUGCUGUUGAUAAGAGCGUCUUUCUUUUGAAGCCCGAAGCGGAGCUCUCCCCUCAAACCGUUUACGAUUUGCUUCCUGUGAAGGACCUCAGCGGAUACAACUACCAGGAUCAUUAUUUGGACGAACCAAACGUUGAGCAGUGCGUGCGCCCCAAAAAUAUUAUCGUUGAUGGUGUUCACUACAUCCCUGUUGCUCGUGAUAAAAUCGACCCCUAUGAAGCCUUCAAAAGCGUCGGCCUUAAAGUUUUUACUAACGUCAGGAUCCAUCAGCCUACGAUCUGUUCUUCGGAAUAUAGACCCCAGGUUGAAUACAGACAGAUGUCUGCUCCAAGUGCGAUGGCAGGGUCCUACUUAAGUACUAAUGAAAGGCCUGGAUUGGCAUUGGCUGAUGGGGCUGAAGAAGCUGAAGAAGCGGCAAAACCCACCAGGAGUUUUUUCCCCGAGACCUGGCUUUGGUUGGAAACGCCAGUCGGCUCUGAUGGACAGGCAGACGUGCCGGUGACCAUCCCGGACACCAUCACUGAAUGGAACGCAGGCGCCUUCUGCACCUCAGCGGAGGCGGGCUUCGGCCUCUCCCAGGCGGUCUUCCUCAAUGCCUUCCAGCCCUUCUUUGUGGACCUCACCUUGCCCUACUCCGUGGUGCGGGGGGAAGCCUUUGUGCUGAAGGCCACGGUGUUCACCUAUCUACAGCAUUGCAUCAGGGUGGGCAUAUCGUUGGCUCCCUCUUCAGACUUUGUGGCUUCACCGCUAGGGAAUGAGGAAGAAUCUUACUGCCUGUGUACGAACGAAAGGAAAACUGUGUCCUGGAUGUUUACACCAAAAUCUUUGGGUGAAGUCAACAUCACAGUGACGGCUGAGUCCCUGGACUCCAGAGAGCUGUGCGGGAAUGAAAUCGUGGAGACACUCAGCGAAGGACAAACAGACACCGUGAUCAAGUCACUUUUAGUCGAGCCGGAAGGAGUGGAGAAAGAAGUGGUCUUCCACUCCUUGGUCUGCGGAGCUGGAGAGAAGAAGGCCACUCCAGUUUCCCUGAAGGUACCAGGAAAUGUAGUGGAGGACUCAGCCCGGGCCUCUUUCUGCGUGCUAGGUGAUAUCCUGGGCUCCGCCAUACAGAACCUGCAGCAGCUCCUCCGGCUUCCCUACGGCUGUGGGGAGCAGAACAUGGUCCUCUUUGCGCCCAACAUCUACGUCCUGGACUAUCUCAACAAGACAGAGCAACUAACCGAGGAGACACGGUCCAAGGCCAUCGGCUACCUCGUCUCUGGCUACCAGCGGCAGCUGAAUUACAAGCACCCCGAUGGCUCUUAUAGCACCUUUGGAUCACAUGGCUAUGAGCCCGGGAACACAUGGCUGACGGCUUUUGUGCUCAAGUCCUUUGGGCAGGCCCGUCGCUACAUCUUUGUGGAGGGCAAACACAUCACAGAUGCACAGAACUUCCUGGCCAUCCGGCAGAAGGAGAAUGGCUGCUUCCAGAGCUCUGGACACCUCCUGAACAACGCCAUCAAGGGUGGCGUGGAUGAUGAGGUCACAAUGUCUGCUUACAUCACCAUCGCCCUGCUGGAGAUCCCCCUGCCUGUCUCCCACCCCCUGGUGCGUAAUGCUCUGUUCUGCCUGGAGACCGCGGCGAAGGAGACAGAGGUCCAUGUCUACACCCAGGCUCUGUUGGCUUAUGCCUUUGCCUUGGCAGGGAAGGAGGAGGAGAGGAAAGAGAUAUUGACCUCCCUCGAGGAGAAGGCUGUAAAAGAAGAGGAUGGCUCCAUUCACUGGCAGAGGCCUGGCAGACAACAGGAGGAGGCCAGCCUGCCGUUCUACCAGCCCCGCGCUCCUUCGGCAGAGGUGGAGAUGACCUCUUAUGUCCUCCUUGCGUACCUCACCGAACACCCGGCACCGUCCCAGGAGGCUCUGACGAAGGCAUCCGGGAUUGUCAAAUGGCUCAGCAAGCAGCAGAAUCCCACUGGCGGUUUCUCUUCCACCCAGGACACUGUGGUCGCCCUGCAGGCCCUCGCUCUGUACGGGGCUUCCACCUACUCCAAGAGCGGAGCCCACGCAGAGGUGAAACUGCUCUCCGGGAACGAUGUUCAGCACCACUUCCAGGUGGACAGCGCCAACCGCCUGCUUCUGCAGUGUGGACCUGUGACCGGCGUACCAGGAGAGUACAGCACAGAAGUGACUGGGGAAGGGUGCGUUCAUGUGCAGACCACCUUGAAAUACAACGUGCACCCCCUCCAUGAGGGAGAACCUUUCACACUGGAGGUGCACACAGUUCCUGAGAACUGCGAGGGCCCCAAAGCCGACAAGGUCUUUGACGUGGCUAUAAAUGUCAGUUACACUGGCAAGCGCCCAGCCUCUAACAUGGCGAUUGUCGACGUGAAGUUGCCGUCGGGAUUCAUUCCAGUUAAAUCAUCAGUGAAAAAGCUAGAAGGGCGUCAGGUCAAGCGGACAGAAGUGAGCCCCGAUCAUGUCCUGCUUUAUUUGGAACAGGUGACCAAUGUGACUCAGAGCUACUCCUUCACGGUGGAGCAGGACGUGGCUGUCCAGGACCUGAAGCCAGCCUUGGUGAAAGUCUACGAUUACUACGAAACAGAUGAAUUUGCUGUGGAGGAGUACAGCGCCCCCUGCGGUACAGGUAGAGUAUGA